UUAGGACAGAUCAGACCUAUCGUCACCAUGCCUGAAAUAAAUACUGACAAUCUCGAUGAGCAGCAAGUUAAACUUCUGGCCGAAAUGUGCAUUCUUAUUGAUGAAGAUGACAACAGAAUUGGGGCUGAGACAAAGAAGAAUUGUCACCUGAAUGAAAACAUUGAGAAAGGAUUGUUGCACCGAGCUUUUAGUGUCUUCUUAUUCAACACAGAAAAUAAGCUCCUACUACAGCAGCGAUCCGAUGCUAAAAUUAUCUUUCCAGGUUGUUUUACAAAUACUUGUUGUAGUCAUCCAUUAAGUAAUCCUGGAGAACUUGAAGAAAAUGAUGCAAUUGGAGUAAGACGGGCAGCACAGAGGCGUUUGAAAGCUGAAUUAGGAAUUCCAUUGGAGCAGGUUUUGCCUGAAGAAAUUAAUUAUCUAACACGAAUUCACUACAAGGCUCAAUCUGAUGGCAUUUGGGGUGAACAUGAAAUUGAUUACAUUUUGUUUGUGAAAAAGAAUGUAACUUUGGAUCCUGAUCCCAAUGAGAUUAAAAGCUACUGUUAUGUGUCUAAGGAAGAACUCCAAGGACUUCUGAAAAAGGCAGCCUGUGGUGAAAUUAAGAUAACUCCAUGGUUUAAAAUUAUUGCAGAGACUUUUCUCUUUAAAUGGUGGGACAACUUAAAUCAUCUGAAUCAGUUUGUUGAACAUGAAAAAAUAUACAGAAUGUAA